UAUUUGCAGGUGGAGAAACUGUCUCAGACGACGCACCACUACUGCGACAUCUUCACGGAACAACUCCUGGCGCCGCUGGGGGAGCUCGGCUACGUACGCAUCGAUGAAAAUACUGCUGAGAAGGUGUUCAUCAACCGCAGCAAGCGCCUGCUGGUGGUGUCCAGCGACGGCGUGCUGGCUCAGUGGCGGCUGGCCCCCACCUUCGAGUCCGCCAACCUGUACGUGGCCGGCACUCCCGUCGUCAACCAGGCGGGGGAGCUGGUCUCCCUCGUCACCGCUAAGAGGGGGAACCAUUAUGCUGUGUCUACUUUUGAGGGUGAAGGCGGAUACUUCGACACAUCAGAAGCGUGGCAAGUCCGGGACAUUCCUGAGGGUUGUGGCGUGUACGGUGACCGCACCUUCCCCAGCCGCGAUGAGCUGAGGGCCUACGUCAGCAGCCUCCCCCCCAUCGACGCCCCACCCGCUGGUCCCCCCACCCCUAUUCUCUGGCGGGGCGCCACCCCCCGCCUCGUGCUGCUCGCCAAGAACGGCCGUCAGAUCUCGCACCAGUACUUACACGGAGUCAGCGCCGACAAUAUCGAGUACUUGUGAGCUGGCUCUUGGGUAGAAGAAGUAGUAAAUUCGCCACGACAGGAAUUGUGACGGAAUAGCUACCUACUGAUGUUGAUUUUGCUAGGAUUAAUUUUUUAAUACUUUAGUUAGUUAACAAGUCUGCAAGUGAUGUUUAGAUACACUGCAUUACUACAUAAUUUGUUAUUACAUAGACAACAUUUUCAAUUGUUGAGUAGUGAGUAAGUAAAUAACUACCAUUUCAUACAGUACAAAUUAUCGCAAGACACGCCUAGUAGCCAUUCAAAAUACCACAUCAAUAUCAAAACAAAAUCAACGAUGCACUACGAAGCUUCUGCCUUCUGCGUCACAGUUCACACACAUAAUUAUUAUUAGUUAACCGACCAGAAAAUAUGUGUUUCUAUAAGUUAAUUGUCCAAGUCAUUAGCAACGAGUGCAACAGUAGAGCAAUGAGAAGCAUGUGUUGCUCGGUACGUUUUUCUUUCGUUCCCAGCAGACGCGCCGCGAGUGUAGAGCACUGGCGGCCAGUCUGCCGGGGGCGGCAGGAACACCUACUGGGUCAUUCACGCUUCUCAUAGCGGGAAACUUGUAUACACAGUGCAUAAAUAAACAGUUGAGUUUA